AUGAUUCAGCGCUGGGAUCCAUGCUUUCGAUGGAUAUCGAAUUCAACGGCCGAAGAAUGCACAACGCUAUGGCUAAUCGUUCAGGCACCUCAAGCAACUCGAGCUAUGUUCAAUUAUUUGGCCAUCAAGUAUACGGAGUUCUUAAUCAUGAAAAGUACCAUUAAUCGAGUCUAUCUACCCGCAAAAGUGACUAAGCUAGAUAUGCAAGACUGCCGGCCAUUCGAGCUGGUCCUAUCGGAUGGAAACGAAUUUGCUCUCGAAAGUUUCUCGUUGCGAAAUUCUUCUCUGCUGCGAUGGCCAAUUGGAUUUCAUAAGCUGACAAAUAUGCAUACUCUAAGGCUCACGGAUCUUGGAAACCUCAUGGUAAAUUUGAGCGAUUUCAAUGGCUUGAAGAGUUUGGAAAGGGUGUUUGUGGUAAGGACCCAGAUGAUUCUACAAAUAGCGAACCACAUCACAAUGGAAAAUCUGGAAGUUUUAACCAUUUGUUGCCUAGAGCAGAUCAGCUUCCGCGAUUGGUCGCUACCGAAGCUGAAGGAACUAAUGCUCAGUUUUGGUAGACUUAAGAGCAUUCCUAGUGACAUUAAUCGGUUUCGAAAUUUGGAGGGCUUAUAUGCGUACAAAAACAUGAUUGAAGCAGUAAAUUUCGAUGAUUUCUACGGAUUGGAUCGUCUUAUUAAUCUUGAUCUUCAUAAGAAUAGGAUAUUCAAACUGACAGCAUCUAUUCCGAUGAGAUUUUCCAGAUUACAAGAACUGGAUUUACAUCAUAAUCUCAUUUCCAACGUGCAUGCUAUUUCUGAUCUGUUGGAUCUUCCGGAGCUGCAGCGUUUCCAUUUGAGCUUUAACAAUCUGAGACGAUAUGAUGGCCCCUUCCGGUGGGUGAAACUGGAGGAAGUCAUCCUGGUAGGAAAUCCACUCAGCUGUGACUGGCUCAAAGAGGAACUGGAAGAACGCCACAGCGUCAUCAAGGAUUUGCCGCAGAUUACGCAGCUCCUCUGUUGGAAACCUAUCGUCACGAGGGUGAAAAUUGUUGACUGA